CAGAAUACGCAGCUGCUCGUGUAAAUUGGGUAUUUUCUUCGAUCCCUCAUUGGUUGUAUAGUCAUGCCAGCGGAAACUGGUAUACUCCGUAUGGUCCUCAAAAUAUAUACCAGGAAGCAUAACAUCUAUAUGAAAAGACCCGUGGAGACCAAAGGCAGAGGCUCUAUUCUUUGAUAGAGAGCAUCAAGAUCAACAAAUCAAAUUCGAACGGCGGCUAAUCAUUAUUUUAGUCAAUAAUGGCGUCCGUCCUAGUCUAGUGCCCUUAAAUAGUUAGCGGGAAGGGAAUGAAUGCUAAGGCCAGAUUCGUAUCCUGUAGCUAAUAAAUAUCCUAUCUCCAAUAGUUGCCACAGGGUAUAAUACAGUGCAGUCUCUCAAACUCAUAACGACUUAUUCUUGCUCAAACACCCCGAUUUACGGAGUGUAAUAUAUAACCAUAUGUCCUACAAUGGCGUCUCUACAAACAGCCAAGAAGGAAUUGCGAAGAAAGCUACGGAGGAUCCUUUCAGAAGUAUCCAAAGAGUCUGUGGCCGUGCAAUCAUCCAUCGUCACGAGAAAUCUACUUGCACUCCCUGAAUACCAUGCAGCCACUAAACUCAGUGUCUAUCUCUCAAUGCCCUCUGGCGAAAUCUCAACCGCCGCUAUUGUCCGUGAUGCCUUCAGCAGAGGCAAGCAAGUAUAUGUCCCGUAUCUCUAUCAACCGGACCCAGCGGCGACCGCAAACCAGGGUCGUUCCUCGGUCAUGGAAAUGCUAGCGCUACGCUCCCUGGAAGACUACGAAUCGCUACAGGCAGAUAAAUGGGGUAUCCCGACACUAGAUUCGAAUACUAUUGGCAGCAGGAGGAAUUGUUUUGGUGGAUAUGGUAUCCCUACGGGAGAAACGGCCCAAGCAGGUUCCACGAUGACAGAGGCAGAAUCAGAAUCAACUGCAGCCGGUGACGACAGUUCAGGAUUAGAUUUGGUUGUUAUGCCUGGAGUAGCCUUUGACGAACAACUGCAAAGACUGGGACACGGCAAAGGGUAUUAUGACCAUUUCGUCAAUCGAUUGAAAAACAUUAGGCAAAGCGGAGGAGAAGAAAGUAAAGCAGGCAUGCGGAAACCACAUCUCGUCGCCUUGGCCCUGGCAGAGCAGCUUCUUCCCCCAGGAGAGAAGAUACCCGUCGCCGAUCAUGACUAUCCCGUGGAUGCCCUCAUCGUUGGAAACGGGCGCAUUCUCACAUCAAGCAGUUAGCAAAAAACUGUAGCGCUUGGAUUCUCUUAAUGGUGCCAUAAAAACCAGGCCCCGUCUUCUUCGUUUUAUUCUUAAAUUUUUUUUUGUGUGUGUCUGUAUAUCAGGUAGAACAGUAAAUAUAUAUCCUAACGCCUUUUUCCCCAAAGUCACCCUAUAAUUCUACCCCCCGCGUUGCCAUUUCAUUGAAGGGCCUGAAUUAACGAAACAUUGUCGCCUUUGAGUAAAAUUUGACCUGGGGCGGUAGGUAAGCAUUGUGGAUACGGGAAGCAAGCGCAUGAACAACAGAUAGGUAAUAACGCCAUAUCAUACCAAGCUGUCUCCUCUUCUCCUCCUCUGUUUUCGUUGCCAAACGAACCUCGACCGCGUCAUCGACAACUAGGUUCAUGAACUCGUCG